AUGUCACAAAAUGAAUAUAUUGAGUUACACCGUAAGCGCUAUGGAUAUCGUUUGGAUGACCAUGAGAAAAAGAGAAAGAAGGAAGGUCGAGAGGCUCAUGAACGUUCAAAGAAGGCAAAAAAGAUGACUGGUCUGAAAGCUAAGCUCUACCAUAAACAGCGCUAUGCUGAGAAAAUACAAAUAAAAAAGACUAUUAAGAUGCAUGAAAAGAGAAACACCAAACAGAAGAAUGAUGAAAAGACUCCACAAGGAGCAGUACCUGCAUAUCUACUGGACUGAGAGGGACAGUCUCGAGCUAAAGUACUUUCCAAUAUGAUUAAACAGAAACGAAAAGAGAAAGCGGGAAAAUGGGAGGUCCCUCUGCCCAAAGUUCGUGCCCAGGGAGAAACAGAAGUAUUAAAAGUUAUUCGAACAGGAAAGAGAAAGAAGAAAGCCUGGAAGAGGAUGGUUACUAAAGUCUGCUUUGUUGGAGAUGGCUUUACUCAAAAACCACCUAAGUAUGAAAGAUUCAUUAGGCCAAUGGGAUUACGUUUCAAGAAGGCUCAUGUAACACAUCCUGAACUGAAAGCCACCUUUUGCUUGCCAAUACUUGGUGUAAAGAAGAAUCCCUCAUCCCCACUGUAUUCAACUUUGGGUGUUAUUACCAAAGGAACCGUCAUUGAGGUGAACGUGAGCGAAUUGGGCCUUGUAACACAAGGAGGCAAAGUCAUCUGGGGAAAAUAUGCCCAGGUUACCAAUAAUCCUGAAAAUGAUGGAUGCAUAAAUGCAGUCUUACUGGUUUGAGAGCAGUUACAUACAAAUAACUCCUUAUAAUUA